GGGGACACACUCGGGGGGACACGGGGCCGGUGUCCCCAGGGCUGCGGGACACCCGCGAGGGGUGGGGACAGCCCCGGGGGCAGGGCCAGCCCCCCGCCCCCCGUGCCUCAGUUUCCCCUCCCCUCGCUGCUUACUCAUCGCCAUCGAUCGCAUCGAUCCCCCCGGCCCGGGGGGGCUCCAGUGAACCUUUCCCCCCCAGUUUUGGGGCCCGCUCGGGCCGGACCCCCCCGGCUGCGACCCCCGACCCCCGGGGGGCUGCGGGGAGCGCGGGGAGCGCCCCUGAGCCCCCUCCCCAAUAAACCCCCAAACUUUUUGGGAUUUUUUGGCAAAAACCCACGGGAGAGCGCGGGGGGGCCGGGGCCAGCGGAGGAGGAGGAGGAGGAGAGGAGGAAGAGGAGGGCAGGACAGGACGGGCAGCACCCGCGCCGCGCUCCCGCCGCUCCGGAGAGCCCCGCCGGCUUUGGGGGGACCCCCGGUGCCCCCCAUGCCCAGGGGCCAUGGGCAUCCAGGGCAUGGAGCUGUGCGCCGUGGCCGUGGUCAUCCUCCUCUUCAUCGCCGUGCUGAAGCAGUUCGGCAUCCUGGAGCCCAUCUCCGCCGAAGACAGCGGCGAUGCCGACGUGGAGCUGCCGAGCGCCCGGCACCAGCCCGAGGGGCUGGAGCAGCUGCUGGCUCGCACCAAGUUCACCAAGCCGGAGCUGCAGUCGCUCUACCGAGGCUUCAAGAGCGAAUGCCCCAGCGGCCUCGUGGACGAGGAGACCUUCACGCUCAUCUACUCGCGGUUCUUCCCCCACGGCGGUGAGUCGGGGGUCCCGCACCCCCGGGGGGCCGGGGCAGCUCCCGCGCGGAGCCGGGAGUCACCGGCCGGCCCCGCAGACGCCAGCUCCUACGCACACUUCUUGUUCGACGCCUUCGACGCCGACCGCAACGGCGCUCUGUGCUUCCAGGAUUUCGCCGUGGGGCUCUCGGUGCUGCUGCGGGGCACGGAGCAGCAGAAGCUGAGGUGGGCGUUUGACCUCUACGACGUGAACAAGGACGGCUACGUCAGCAAGGAGGACAUGCUGGAGAUCAUGAAGUCCAUCUAUGCCAUGAUGGGCCGCUGCACCGAGCCCGCCCUGGGGGCCAGCGCGCCCGCCCAGCACGUGGAGCUGUUCUUCCAGAAGAUGGACAGGAACAGGGACGGCGUGGUGACCUUCGAGGAGUUCCUGGCCACGUGCCAGGAGGACAAGGACAUCAUGAGCUCCAUGCAGAUCUUCCACAACGUGCUCUAGACCCUGCUGCCCCCGGAGCUUCUCUGCUGCUUCAGACAAAGAGGCAGAGAAAUCCAGCAUGGGGCUGCCAGAGACGGGACAGGACCAGGACCAGGACCCGGACCAGGACCCGGACCAGGACCAGGACCAGGACCAGGACAAGGACGACGCUGCCACCGGAGCCCCCCGGGCGCGGUGCUGCCAGCGCAACACAGACCCAUUUUGGGUGUCGAGCUCCCCCCCACAGGGACCUCCCCCCUUGGUGUGCGGGGACCUGACGGAGCACAGAGCCGACCCCGGGACAUGGGGGCCCUCAGAGCUGGGACCCCCGGGUGCGGGGUGGGGGUCUCCAGGUGGCAGCCGUGAAAGGGAGCCCCCAAACACCAACGCCGAGCACGGCCCCUGCUCCCCCGGCAGCGUGGGGACGGGGCAUUUUAUAAAUAAACCAAACGGUGACGACU